AGCGUGGCUGGUGUGGGCUAGUGUGAAACCAGGAGGCGAGGGGUAUACAUCAUCAUACACCAUGCUCUGCCUCUCACCCCUCAUACACUCUGGUACCUUGAAAGACUGACAUGUGGAGAAGUGAUUUCAAUAGUUUAUCCGAUGACAGUGAGGUGAUGGAUGAGGAGUGUGGGCGGGUUGUGGACGCCAGUGAUGUCACCUUACCUGGAGGAUACCACACACUCGAGCGACGCCACCAGCUCUGGAGAGGCAGUAGUGGCCCCCAACACUGACCCCCACAGGCCCAGGUCCUCCCCAGGGCCCAGGAACGUGGCUCAGGGACCCCCAGCGAGGACCCCAGACGACAGUGUAGUGGUGACGGACUUGGAACAUGUGGACGGAGCGACGAGCCCUCCGGCAGGAAAGAACCACACUUUGCAUACUCAUGGCGAAGUUGAGGGUGGCCGCCACGACGGGUACCAGUGGCAACAGGAGGUUGUGGCCACAUACAGCAAUGUUGACGACGAGGAUCCCGAGAACUGGUGGACAGAGAGCGGUCCCGUGGCCACCGUCAAGUUGGUGCUGGAGACAGGAGUUGGGGUCAUUACCAGAGCGUGGCCGCUCCAGCAGCCAGUCCACACGCUCAAGGACCAGCUCAGCAACAUCACUCAAGUCCCAGCACAGUUCCUCCAGCUGGUGGUUCGCGGGAGUGUACUUCACGAUAACUCGACGCUACGCAGUGUGGGCGUCGAGGCCAACGAGACGGUUCAGGUGGGCGUGUCGUCCAAGCGGCCUCACACCCACCCGCUGACGCUCCUGGCGCCCACCACCCCUUCGCUGCCCACUCCUGACGUCAUCACCGUCAUCGUAGCGGAAGGUGGAGGGGUGGAGCGGGAGGUGGUGGUGGAGGUGGAGUGGGCGGCAGGCUACAAGCCCUGGCUAGGGGGCUACAGGCACAAGCUCUCAGGACUACAGUACCACGAUGCCGCUACCCAGACCAUACCGCCAGCCAGGGCUACUCCAGGUCAGGUGACCAGAAGUACCCAGGCAGUGAGGGCGUGUGGGCGUGGGUGUCAGACUCGUCGCGCCGCCCACACCCAAACCACCCACUUCCACCCACUACUCCACGCCCCCACGCUCGUCCUCAUCACGCCCAGACCAUACUCUCCCACUCGCCGAUAUGAUCUUGCUAAGAUCCUGGCUAUUCAGCGUGUGGUCCGGGGCUGGCUCGCUCGUCGCCGACUGCGGGCCCUCCGACAGGCGAGGGAGUCGAAGCGUGUGGCAGUGGAGCCCAGUGAGACGAGUAGGUCCUCGAGUGUGUUGUCUGACUCAACUACCACAACGGAACAACACAAGGCGUUGCGGCCCGUGGUGCCCAUGACUGACCUAUACGCUCGGCUGGAGAACUGGAGGAGGACCCAGGUCUCCCAAGUGAACGAUACGCUGACGGGAAAGCAGAGGAGGAGAGCCCUGGUGGCCCUGCUGGAGAAGGAGACAGAGUUACUGAGGUCUCUGGAGGCUCACAGGGCCCUUCGCUCUGCCAGAAGGAGGAAUGCUGCCGUAGCUCUGUUUCUGCACGAGGUGUCGCGGGCCCAGGUGUGGGAGGUUGGUGGUGCCGUCGGAGGGGGAGUGGAGGUGGAGACCCCCGAUACACAACCCAUUAGAAUCCUGGCGGCGCUCGCCUCGGCUCUGCAACAAGAUGCGACCACAGAAGUCCGCACCCAACAGCUCAACCAACUUUGCCAAACCGUUGAGCAGUACUACCCCAGCCGCGAUGAUGGACCGCGAACUUUGCGAGCUGCGGCCGACCUACGUAGUUUAGCCCGUCGUGGGGUGGAGCUCCUGUCCCGUGGUACUUCAGACAAUAGGUUAAGAGGCCUUCGUAAACGACUCAAUAGUUUGAUCAUCGCCUACCUCCACCAGGUACAAGGUCGAGUGUCUUCUGUGGUGGCGCCUCGUUAUAUCCGCGCCGCGGGUGCCAAGCCUGUCUUGCUCCCAACCAGGAUGACCUCAUAGUCUUCAGUCUUCAUCUUUGUGGUUUCAUGCCGAAUAUUAUGCUAUUGGAAGACUAUUCUACAGGACUUCUAUGCUACAGAAAUACCAUGCUACGUAACUACCAAAUCAUGACUUCUAUACAACAGGACUACUUUUCUACAGGACAACUAUGUAACAGAACUAUUGUGCUACUGACUCUGUGAGUCUAGUCAGCUGUGUGUAAGCAACAGUGAACAGCUUCUAACAGAAGCACAAACAUUCUGCGGUUUGCCAGCAUUUUUAGAAGUGCCUCAUCUUGUUAAAUGUACAAAAUUAAUAAAAUACUCAUUUAUCAA